AUGGCUGCUAUUGAGGUUGAAUCUUAUCCUCGCCGGUCACCAAAGUAUUUGUCUGGUGAACCGUCUAGGAAAGUUAAACGGGAAUCAGAGAAAGGAAUACAAGAACUUCUUCCAACACCCACUGAUGGAAUAAAAAACUAUUAUAUGAACAAAAUUGAUGAGCACCAGUUUAUUUACACCGAAAAAGUAUUGAAUCUCCGGAGGUUAGAGGCUCAACGAAAUGAGUUGAAUGCCAAAGUUCGCAUGCUUCGGGAAGAGCUACAACUGUUGCAAGAACAGGGUUCAUUUGUUGGAGAGGUCAUUAAAGCAAUGGACAAGAAGAAAGUUCUUGUGAAGGUUCAGCCUGAGGGGAAAUAUGUUGUAGAUAUUGACAAAAAUAUCGAGAUGUCUCAGAUAUCACCCAAUUGCCGGGUCGCUUUACGAAGUGACAGUUACACGUUGCACAAGAUUCUGCCCAGCAAAGUGGACCCCCUAGUCUCAUUGAUGAUGGUAGAAAAGGUCCCAGACUCCACCUAUGAAAUGAUUGGUGGUUUAGACAAGCAAAUUAAAGAAAUAAAAGAAGUUAUUGAACUACCUGUGAAACACCCUGAGCUUUUUGAUGCUCUCGGAAUAGCACAGCCUAAAGGUGUUUUGUUAUAUGGACCUCCUGGUACAGGCAAGACUUUGCUGGCGCGUGCCGUCGCUCAUCAUACAGAAUGUACAUUCAUACGUGUCAGUGGUUCUGAACUCGUCCAGAAAUUCAUUGGUGAAGGUGCGAGAAUGGUUCGCGAGUUAUUCGUCAUGGCACGAGAACAUGCUCCUUCUAUUAUUUUCAUGGACGAAGUUGACUCAAUUGGAUCUACCAGAUUAGAAAGUGGUACAGGUGGUGACAGUGAAGUUCAGCGUACUAUGUUGGAGCUUCUCAAUCAGUUAGAUGGAUUUGAACCAAAACAGAACAUUAAGGUUAUCAUGGCCACCAAUCGUAUUGAUAUACUUGAUUCAGCCCUCCUGAGGCCUGGAAGAAUUGAUAGAAAAAUCGAAUUUCCUGCUCCAAAUGAGGAGGCUCGAUUAGACAUCUUAAAAAUUCAUUCUCGAAAGAUGAACCUAACAAGAGACAUUGAUUUACGUAAACUAGCAGAAUCAAUGCCUGGUGCCAGUGGUGCAGAAGUUAAAGGAGUUUGUACAGAAGCUGGAAUGUAUGCUUUACGAGAACGCCGAGUUCAUGUCACUCAAGAAGACUUCGAGUUGGCUGUUGCUAAGGUAAUGCAAAAAGAUUCAGAGAGGAAUGUAUCUAUCAAGAAACUAUGGAAAUAA